UUGGUAUCUCUGAAAAGGAAGAUUUGCUGUAGGGUUAAGGGGAUGGAAGAAAACGCGUGGGGAAAAUGGGAGCUUUUCCAUCCACAAAAGCUCUCUGUAGGUAGGCGAUUUGUCAAAAGCUCUCAACGCAGUGCUGAGAAAAAUCUUCUGCUUAUCUGUUGUGAUUUUAGUUUUUUGCCAUUUCCACCUGCAAUUAUUGCCAGAAAAAUCUCUCCAAAUUGUUGUGAAAUGUCCUGGAGUGCAUUCUGCAAUCAGCCUCAGCUGUAGAUAGCAGUAGAAUCCGUAGCUAUCAGCCAAAAGUUCUCCUCGUUUUUUUCUUUGGCUUUUCCUUCCUGACAUUGAAGCUUUAGAGUGGAUGAAAGUUUUCGGUGGUGCUUUUUCAGGCGUGAAAGUGUUCUGCGGAGUCGAAGUCAGAGAGCAGAAAAUUUUUUGCAUCUCCAAAUGAAAGACUUCUAAAUUUUACCUUACCGCCCAGGACGAGAGGUGGUACUUUGUGGAUGAAAUAGUGUAAUUUAUUGUAGCAUUUUUAGAAUGUAUUGUUUGGCAUUUUUUUCUUCUAGAAGUUUGUGUGUGAAUUUCACUUUAAAAAGAAAAAUUUAUAUCUUGUGAUAAUAAUUCUCAAAAUGUUUAAAAGAAUUUCGUAUUAGUUAAGUGGUGAGAUAAUGCCGAGUUAUUUGAUGAUAAAAUGUUGGAACUUUUGUGCAAGUAAAAAAGUUCUUGGGUAACCUUUGGCCCCCCUCGUGAAAUGGCUGCCGAACACACAUUUUUUGGCACCUGGGAGAUAAUGGAGUGUUCCAUUUCGGGGACGACGGAUUCACUGGGCCUCAAAGGGGUGAAAUUUCGGCUGGAUGAAAUGGGAGACAUUACGUGGUACAGUGAUGUCGUUCAUCCGGCCGAUGGGAGUCAGGCGGCAUCAGAGGAGAGGGACACCGAAUUCCUGGCCAUUAAGAAUGAAUUCACCGAAAUUCUCUUCAGCUGCGAGACUUUUGAGGUGGUUGAGUUGCUGUCCAAUGGACCAGGAUUGACCUUUGGAGCCUAUGCUGGGCACAAUAUCGAGUUCAAGACUACCACAUUCACGCCCAUGGACAUGAUGGUGCUCAACUGUGAGGGUUGGUGCUUCCUGUCCUGCCGCAGACUCAGGGAGGACCAGACAAUCGUUCAGGAUUGUCCGUUUUCCCUUCUGUCCGCCCUGCAAGAGGGAUAUUUUUCCGAUGUCAUCAUCAAGAGCUCAGAAGGACUUUACUUCGAGGCUCAUUCAGCAAUCCUCCGACUAUCGGGGUUCGAUUGCAGUAUGAACUAUCCCAAUCCGGGAUCUCCUCAGCCACUGACGGAUUCUCCCAGUGCAACAACCAAGACCCCUCAAGAAGUUGCCGGAAACAAAGGCCCUACAAGUCACUACCUGCUUCCGCCAUCCAACAUUCUCAGUGCAAAGUCCAUGUCUGGAUCAUUCAAUUGUCUCACUGUGACUUCUCCCAGGGAAUCCCUGCUGGCACUUCACAAUCAGACAUCCUCGUCGGAUUCGGAUCUGCGCCUGGCGAGUCCGAAGGAAAUUUUCACAUUCUCCGCGGCUUUUCCGCUGACUCCUACGGAAUCUCCAGCGGGCAGAAGAACCUGUCCUUCACCGAAAUUCCGAUGCUCCUCACCAUUUUCACCAUCCAUCUUUGAUACUCCUCCCACAUCGCCUCUAACUCCCAUCUCAGUCCUCUACAAUCUUCCCCAUACAAUGCUCGUGCCCAUCUUCCACUGGCUCUACUCUGAGAGCCUUCCGGCCGGUCUCAAGGAGGAUGUCUGUGAGAAACUGAUGAAGUUUGCCGAAGUCACAGCUCCUUUGAACAAAAUGAUUGAUAUUUGCCGGAAAUACGGGCACUAUGUCAGGCUAAAGAAGUUCAUCAUUGAUGUAACAAUGGAUAUCCACACGUCUCUCAAUCGCAUCAUCCAAUCCAUCAAUCCUGUCACCAUCUCACGCCAUCCCGAAGUUCUCUGUUCAGUCUUCAAACACAGUGUCAAGGAGACUGCAAUUGGCUGUGCUAAAAUCCUCCAGUUCUGCAAUAUUUUCGUGAAGGAAGCCUCCAACAUUUCGCGUCAGCAGCGCCAUGAGAUCAUCAAGUUUGCUCGAUCGAGAAUGCCAAUCCUCGCUUCGCAGGUCCAUCAGCUCCUCAAGAAUAUCUACGACGUCCUGUCCAGGCUGUCGCCGGAGAAGAAGAGCGAACUCGCUACAUUCCUCGUUCCUCACAUUGAGAUCACCUUCGACCGGAUGACUAAUCUCAUUGGGGACAUUAAGACAUCGCUGGAGAAAAUGUACCAGGAUCUGAAAUCGGUGCAAUCUGGCUCUCAGGGAGCAGAUUUGCCGAGGAAUCAGGUGCAGGAUCGAAAUUCUCAGCAGAUUGAGAUUGGGUGCCAAGGCCAUGGGGGAACGUUCCACAAUAAGUACUCUGGGUCAGAGAAUGAUCUCACCUUUGUGCUGUACAUGUAUGAAUUGCGCAAAAUGCGAGACAUUUAUGGGCGUGUGCAAUCAGCCAUGGAGAUUGUGCAGCAGAAUAGGAAUACCUUCAUUGAGAUGGCAACAGAUGAGAAGGAGAGAACAAUUCGACGCAAUUUGGAUCAAUUAAUUCUUGAGCUUCCGUCGUACAUUGCGAGAAUUGAGAAAUUAUCGGACAAUCUGGAUGGGAAUAUCGGUUGGAAAGAAUUUAAGUUUUGCUUCAAGUUAGCAACAGGUCAAGUGAAUGGAGUUAUUUCCAAGUUACUGGAGCACAAAACUGCCUUAAAGACCCCAAUUAUACGAAUUUGUGAACUGGUGGGAAGGGAGGAAUUUCGACAGGCAAUGGUGGAGUUGCAAUUAAUUGCUGAGGAUGCUGCGGUGAGGGGUGUUGUGGGUGGGCACGAGAGGAAUCACCAGAUAGACUACACGGGAAUAAAAUUGAAUCUCACGAGGCACAUUUGCAAUCCUCCGCCAAUUGUGAAUAGCGGCCUGUCCAAGAGUGCUCUGCGUCUGCUGCAUUCUGGGCAUUUGUCAGACAUGGAAUUCGAAGUGAUUGUGCCUUCGGGAGCUUCACAGCAGAUUCAUGCUAAAGGUCAGGUGGAUCGACUGGCCAAGACCACAGUUCACGUCUUCAAAGCUCACCGGGUCAUUGUGGCAGCCAGAUGUGAGUGGUUCAGGAAGGCUCUUCUCUCUGGCAUGAAAGAGGAUAUUCAUCGAAAAAUUACUAUUCAUGAUACAUCACCUGUGAUAUUUCGCCGAUUACUUUUAUACUUGUACGGUGCUCCAAUUGAUAAGACGGUGGGUGCUGAGCAAUUGUGCGAACUGAUGCUCCUGGCUGAUCGAUACUCAAUUGAUGAGCUAAAGGAUAUCUGUGAGCAUACUCUGAGAUCGCAAAUUGACGAGGAAUCCGUCAUUCUUCUGCUGAGCAUUGCUGAUCGCUUCAACACGGCCAUCCUCAAGGCAAAUUGUCUGUCAUUCAUCUCCAGUCAUUCGCAUCUCACGCACCUGGACAUUUUUGCUGAGCUUCCGGAAUCGCUGCAGAAUGAAGUCAUUGAACUGCUUCAGUGGUGCGAUCGAACUCCUGAACCAUGGAAUCACAAUUUGGAUAUCAAUGGAGUGGUUCUGACAAAUCCUGAAAAUUCUAGAAAAUCACCUCAACCAUUUAUGUGACAAAUUUUACCACUUUUCCAUCAUUUCACUUCAGCAUUUUCCUUUCAGGAUCGUUUUUCUUGCUUCAAUUGCUCAAAAUUCUUUCUGCUGAAAAUCUAAAUAAAAUGAAAUAAUGCAGUUAAUGGGGUUCGCACAAUUACUUAAAGUUUACCUGAAAUGGUUUGAUCUGCUAGCCAAGUCCCUCCCCUCCUUCACAUUUGUUUUUAAGUACACAGAGAAAAAACGGGGGUUCGAUUAACUUUUUAGGUGUAAAAAUAUAUCAACACUUUUUAAUGUUAAUUUUACACCUUUUUAAGUGUAAAAUCAACACGAAAAGGGUAACUUUAACCCUCAAUACACCUAACAAGGGUAAUAUUUACACCGAUUUUUGAUCAAUACUGCAAUUUAAAAUUAACAUUUCCGGAAUGUUAUUUUAACUUUUUCGGAUUUCUCUCAGUGUCCACUGAGAAAAAAGAGGGUGCAAUUAACAUUUUUUCCUCAUAAAUUUAACACUUUUUAGGUGUAAAAAUAUAUCAACAUUUUUUCAUGUUAAUUUUACACCUUAUUAAGGGUAAAAUUAACAUGAAAAAGAGUACAUUUUACCCCUAAUACACCUAAAAAGCAUAAAUUUACACCAAUUUUGGAUCAAUACUGCAAGGUAAAAUAAACAUUUCCGCAAUGUUAUUUUAACUUUUUCGGAUUUCUCUCAGUCAGUGUAGUACAAAUUCAUUGUAAAACGAACAAAGUGAGCUGAAAAAAAAAUACCGCGUUUUCAGAUUAUUUUUGCUGAAUCGUUCAGCAAAAUUAUGCUGAGCGCUUAGCAGUUCUCGAACAAAAAGUGCUAACCAAAUGGAAAUGGCACUGUCUCGCGAGUGUCGUUUUAAAGUUAGUGGAAUUCAGGUGAAAAUACACAUGUUUUUAAUACGGUUACCAUUUGGUUUCAUUUGGCUAUUUUUUAUAUACCAUUAUAUUAUAUACCAUUUGGCUACAUCGACAACAUUUAUUCCAGGGCGUGGCCUUCGGGUAAAAUAAACCACAACUCUUACUGAACUAAUUACUGGCAAGAUUAAAAAUUCUCGCCACUUUUUUCUC